AUGUCGCCACAACGCCGUGCCCUAAUCAGCGUCACUUCUGCCCAAGCAACUCUCUUCAAUGGCACCGAGACCACAGGUCUGUUCAUUAGCGAGGCUUUGCACCCUUACAAUGUCCUACGCGCUGCAGGGUUCGAGGUUGAUCUAGCCUCCGAGACUGGUUCCUACACUCCCGACUGGCUGUCUCAGCAGCCCGACUUCCUCCAGGGCGAGGACUUGAAGACAUGGGAGGAUACCAACAGCGAAUUCCGUAAGAAGCUCGACAAUAUGCCCAAGGCGGCAGACCUUGACGCUUCUCGGUAUGGUCUGUUCUAUGCAUCAGCCGGUCAUGCCGCCUUGAUCGACUAUCCGACUGCCACGUCUCUCCAGAGGAUUGCGGAAGAAGUCUGGGCAAAUGGUGGUGUGGUCGCUUCAGUCUGUCACGGGCCAGCCAUCUUUGCCAAUCUAUUGGACCGCGCAACCGGCGAGCCACUGAUCAAGGGCAAGAAGAUUACAGGUUUUACCACCGAGGCCGAGCACACUAUGAAGAUUAUGGACGAUCUUCGGAGUUGGAACACCGAAAUGGUCGAGGAGAUUGCGGAGCGACUUGGUGCAACGUAUCAACGAGCUCCUGGUAUUUGGGACGACUACCAUGUGAUAGAUGGUCGUCUUGUCACUGGCCAGAACCCCGCCAGUGCAGCAUCUACUGCCAUUGCUGCCGUCAAAGUUUUUGAACAGCUAUAA